AUCGCCAUGCUCCGUCCACACGCUCUGCGAUUCUUAACUCGUGCACCACCACCCUUCUAUCGAACGAUAAGGCCCAUGUCCGCUAUCCAGAUCGUCGCCACCAAAGAUGCCCCGAGUGCUGUGGGCCCCUAUUCGCAAGCGACAAAGCUAGGAGACCUUCUCUUCCUCUCCGGAUGCAUUCCGCUCGAUCCGGAAACUGGCGCGAUCGUCCCAGGCGGGAUUGUCGAGCAGACGGAGCAGGCACUCAAAAACCUCAAGACUGUGGUUGAGGCGGGCGGCUCGGAGCUCAACAAGGUUGCGAAAACUACGGUCUUUCUAAAGUCGAUGGAAGACUUUGCGGUGGUGAACGGGAUCUAUGAACGCGUAUUUGGGUCGCACAAGCCUGCUCGCUCGUGUGUUGAGGUCGCCCGCUUACCGAAAGACGUGUUGUUUGAGAUCGAGUGCAUCGCUAGCCUCAAGUAG